UAAAUAGCUUGAAAAAUGUAAGUUCGACCCACAUCUCAAGAACAUAGAAUCAUCUUGACGAGGUUUUAAUUUAGUCCCUCUCUGCACGCUUUGGCCCCUCGGUGGUCCCCUAGAACCCUAGAAUCGCCGAGGCACCUUGGAUACGCUGAAUGACAUCGGCACCUCCCCUCAGUGCAACGUUUCCCCGAUGAGCGAAGCUCCUGUAGCACACUAACAGAGACUUGUCCAUUUUGUCAGCCACUUUCACUAGAGACAAUAAGUUGCGCGUAACCACUGUUUUCCCAGAGUUUGUGGGGACUGAGGCUCCCGAGGCAUGCUUCACGGAUGGCCGACAGUGUUGUGGUCCCUUUGUGAGUCUCUCCACAGUGCUCUCCCCUGGCUGAGGUUUGCUGCAGCUGUGGCUUCUCAAUAGGGCUUAUUGUAGACGAGCGGAGUGUGCGCGAGCAGCGCAGUGAUAGAGCGGAACAGAGGGAAAGACGCCUGUAGUGCAGGGAUGCUCCUGAAUAUGUUUCCUUCACUCACUCGGAAAGAGCGCGUCUAGAGCGGCUGCGACGUGACGGGAUCCUUCUGCAUUUUCACAAGAACGUUCACAAUUUAUAAACACGCGAAGGACCAGGAAGAAAAGGUUUGAGAGCUUGAGCUACAAUCAUCGUUCAUUCCUGUGGUCUUUCCCAUCAAUCACCGGUCAGACGGUCUGCUCUAUCCCGCUACCCACGCCAGUGCUGAGGGUGGUGCACAGUUUCCCAGGAGCCACCUUAUAGGCUCAAGAUCUUUGGUGCCUGUUCAGUACGAAGGAGUGUAUUUUUUAUUUUUCCUUCAUCCUUUAAUCUAAAUGAUGCACGUAGGCUCUGCAGUGUGGACUGGACUGACUGUAAUGACUAUGUUGCUGUUAGCCCAGUGGGACGUGGGCUGCUGGGGGUUGACUCUGAACUCUAUCCCGCUCCGCCCGGCUUCCCUCAGGCCCUUCAGAGCUAGUGUGGGUGCAUCCCUUCAAAGACACAAGCGCAACUGGGUGUGGAACCAAUUCUUUGUCCUGGAGGAGUACACUGGAGAUGACCCUCUUUAUGUUGGCAAGCUUCAUUCCGAUGUGGACAAAGGUGAGGGCAAUGUAAAAUACGUGCUCAACGGCGAAGGUGCAACAUCUAUUUUCACCAUCGAUGAGAACACAGGCGACAUACAUGCCACAAAGCGUCUGGACCGGGAGGAACAGGCCUACUACACACUGCGAGCUCAGGCCAGAGACCGGGCCACCAACCUGCCAGUAGAACCAGAGUCAGAAUUCGUUAUCAAAGUGCAAGAUAUCAAUGACAAUGAGCCCAAGUUCCUGGAUGGCCCUUACAAUGCUCAAGUACCUGAAAUGUCUCCUGUUGGCACAUCUGUAGUUGAGGUUAAGGCGACUGACGCAGAUGACCCCACAUAUGGAAACAGUGCAAGAGUCGUGUACAGCAUCCUUGAAGGACAACCCUACUUCUCAGUGGAACCAAAGACAGGCAUUGUGAGGACGGCUCUGCCCAACAUGGAUCGAGAAGCACGGGACCAAUAUCUGUUGGUAAUCCAGGCCAAAGACAUGGUUGGUCAGAUGGGAGGACUCUCAGGCACAACGUCGGUGACGGUUACGCUGACAGAUGUUAACGACAACCCACCCCGUUUUUCACGGAAAUCCUAUCAGUUUGCUGUGCCUGAAUCCCUGCCUGUGGCAUCGGUGGUGGCCAAGAUAAAAGCCUUGGAUUCUGACAUUGGACCAAAUGCUGAGAUGGACUACAGAAUUAUAGAGGGCGACGGCCUUGGGAUGUUCAGGGUCGCGUCAGACAAAGAUACCCAGGAAGGAGUCAUAACUCUACAGAAGAAUCUUGACUUUGAAACAAAGUCAAGCUACACUCUGAAAAUUGAGGCAUCCAACAGGAACAUAGACCCACGGUUCUUGUCUCAAGGACCUUUCAGUGAUACAGCGAUGGUGAGGCUGACUGUGGAGAAUGUAGAUGAGCCUCCUAUCUUCUCCUCUCCGCUCAGCAAAAUGGUGGUCUCUGAAGCUGCUAAAGUGGGAACCAUCAUAGGAACCGUCUCUGCUCUGGACCCAGACUCCACCAAUAGUCCCAUUAGGUAUUCAAUAGACAGAAACACAGAUUUGGAGCGAUUUUUCAACAUCGAGGCAACAACAGGAGUCAUCAGCACGGCUAAGCCUUUAGACAGAGAAGCCAAUGCUGUGCACAACAUCACCAUCCUGGCUAUUAAAAGCUUGGAUCCGGCGCAGGUUGGGAAAGGAGUGGCUCUGAUCACAGUGCUGGACAUUAAUGACAACGCACCAGUCUUUGCCAUAGAGUAUGAGACCUUCCUGUGUGAAAGUGUUGGACCUGGACAGGUCAUUGAAACCAUAAGUGCGGUGGAUAAAGAUGAACCGCCCAGCGGGCAUCGCUUCUUCUUCUCCCUCACUGCAGAGACAGCAGGGAACAUGAACUUCACCCUCCGAGACAAUAAAGACAAUACGGCUUCUAUUCUAACUAAGAGGGGCGGUUUUCAGAGGAGGGAUCAGUCUAUGUAUCGACUGCCGGUGUUGAUAAUGGACAGCGGGACCCCUGCUCUCAGCAGCACUAACACGCUGUCUAUUAGAGUGUGUGACUGUGAUCCUGAUGGGACACCCCAGUCUUGUGGCACAGAGGCCUUCACGCUUUCAGCUGGACUCAGCACUGGAGCUCUCGUCGCCAUCCUGGCCUGCAUCAUCACUUUACUUGGUAGGAAAUACAUUUAACCUUGUGAACACAUA